AUGCGGAUUUACCCAUACGGUCUGCGGGUGAAUUCCUCGAAUCUCGACCCCAGCUUCUUUUGGCGCCGGGGCGCGCAGGUGGUGGCAUUGAACUGGCAGAACCUCGAUAAAGGAAUGAUGCUUAACAGCGCCAUGUUCGCUGAUGAGCAAGGUUGGGUACUCAAACCGCAAGGAUAUCUGAGCUCCGAUGCACCCUCUACUAUCGUGCGUCGUCAGCUAGACCUUUCGAUAGAGUUUCUCGCCGGCCAGAACAUCCCCUUGCCUCCAGGACACACCAACGAGAAGCAUUUUCACCCCUACGUGGUCUGCGACUUGCAUGUCGAGACGCCCGAGGACACCACUUCGCCUCACACGGAAGACGAGGGCGAGUCAGAGACCGAGAACCAUAAACAAAUGAUCAAGAGUGCCUCGGGUGCCAGCCCAGACUUUGAAGGCCAAAUGGUCCAGUUUCCAACUUUAUCUGGGCUAGUUGAAGAGUUAUCUUUUGUCCGAUUCAAAAUUAAAGACGAUGAAUUCGGACGAGACUCGACAGCCGCAUGGGCUUGUAUUAGAUUAGAUCGCCUCCAAGAAGGCUACCGCCUAGUCCACCUGUACGACUGUUCAGGAGCAAAAACCGAUGGCGUCCUGCUAGUUCGUAUCAUCAAACGGAUCGUCUAA